CUGGUCUCUCAGGCGGGUAGAGGCACAUCUACCUCCGCGUCGCGCUCUUGUAUUCUGCUGGGGUUUUGUUCUUGGGGUUGCCCAAUAUGGCUGCAGUUGUUACCAGACACAAGCAUUUCGGUCAAGAAUACCUCAGUACUGAGUCUAAAUAUGUUGUUCGGGAGUACUCCAGCUCUGCGGCUGAAGAGGUGAAAUAUCAAUACCAAACACAGAAGAGAAUCCAGGGAGUGGUGGAGAAGAAGAUGCCUGAGAAAUACAUCCGUGAGGAGUCCAUGAUCAGGGGCCCCAAGUUUGUGGUUAGACUGAGGUCCCACACAGUGUAUGAAAACAGUGCUAUUAAACUUUUCUGCACUGUGGAGGGAUAUCCCACCCCACAAGUCAAAUGGUUCGAGGAUGAUGUCAUCUUGGACAUUUCCUCUGGAAAGUACUUUGUGGAGAGCAAUGCAGGAUUCCAUGCCCUCACCAUCCUCAAGUGUGCAACUGAUGACACUGCAAUGUACACGGCUGUAGCCUCAAACUCGCAUGGACAGGCUUCUUCCCAGGCCUCCAUCAUUGUGAAGAGGUGCAAAGAGGAAGAAAAGUCCACUCCUUAUUCCUGGAUGCCUUACCAGUAUGCCAUUUUACCUGAAAUCAAGUAUACGAAGAUUAACAUCACCUACACUGAGACGUUUGACGUGACAUUUGGAAAAGAAGGCGAUAAGGUCACUUUGACCUGCAAGAUGACCAUUAACCCCAACCUGGCUAACCUUCAGCCUGAGGCGCUGUGGUACAGAGAUGAGCAUCUCCUGAAAGAGUCCAGGUGGGUGAAAAUAGAGUCUGGCGGAGGUGUUGCCAAGCUCACGCUUACUCAACUCGCUAAGGAUGAUGAGGGUCUUUACACCCUCCGCAUGGUGACCAAGGGAGGCGAUGCGGUCCACAGGGCUUACGUCUUCGUUGAUGAUGGUCCACCUCCAGUUCCUCAAGCUCCCGGAGCCCCAAUGGACAUUAAGAUCCAUGAUGCAAAUAGAGAUUAUGUCAUUGUGUCCUGGAAACCUCCUAACACCACCACUGAAGGCCCCAUCGUUGGAUACUUUGUUGACAGAUGUGAAGUUGGAACAGAGAACUGGGUGCAGUGUAACGACUCCCCUGCGAAGAGCUGCAAAUAUCCCGUGCAGGGCCUGUUUGAGGGACACUCUUAUUACUUUCGCGUACGUGCCAUCAACUCUCGAGGCAUUGGCAGACCCUCCAGAAUGUCUGAGCCCAUUGCUUCUCUGGACCCUACAGAGUUUGAGAGACUUCAUGCCACAAAACUUGGUGGAAGACUUGACAUUGUGACUUACUAUGAUGACCUUGAAGCCGAGGGAAAAGCUCCAGGAACUCCCUCUAAAGUCUGUGCUUCAGAGACGGACCGAACAUAUGUUGUGCUCAGUUGGGUCCCUCCAGUCUACCAUAACAAAGCCCCCAUGUGGUAUUACAUUGAGAAGCUUCAAGUUGGAGCUGGAUCCUGGCAGAGAGUGAACACUAAAGUACCCAUCAGAUCUCCUCGCUAUGCCGUCUUCGACCUGCUAGAGGGAAAGGACUAUCAGUUCCGUGUGCUAUCCGCUAACAUGUAUGGCGUCAGUGAGCCUUCUGAGCCCUCCAGUACUGUAACAACCCUGCAACUGAAGGGUGUGCCCUCGGCUCCUGGACAAGUCAUUGCAACCAGAGAGACAGACACUUCUGUUCUAAUCCAGUGGGCGCCUCCAAAGGAUCCCAAUAACCUGAUUGGAUAUUACAUUGAUUCUUGUGUGAAAGGAUCUAAAGACUGGACCUCUGCCAAUCACAAGCCCCAUAAGCAGACCAGGUUUGUUGUGCACGGACUGACCACCGGUGAGACGUAUGUCUUCCGCGUUCAAGCCAUCAAUGAGCUGGGCCUCAGCGACGAAUCCCAGGAAUCGGCCCCUCUUUCUGUGAGAGCUGCUCUUAAGCUGCCCUCUUCCCCUUAUGACAUCUCUCUUCUCUACUGUGAUGGGGAAUCCAUGGUGCUCAACUGGAAGCUGCCCAUCCAUUCUGGAGGAGCAGAGGUCACUGAUUAUUACAUUGACAAAUGCAAUGUGGCCAAGAAGACAUGGAAGGAGGUCAACAUCCCACCCAUUAAGGAAAGACUGAACAAGACUGGAGGUCUGACAGCUGGGUCAGUGUACCAGUUUAGGGUCUAUGGAGCUAAUUUGAUUGGACUGGGUGAUGCCUCGACCCCUAGCGCUCCCUUCAGAUGUGAGGCUUGGACCAUGCCUGAGCCAGGUCCAACCUAUGACGUGACCUUCACUGAAGUAAGGGAUGAUUCGGUGGUGGUGGAGUGGAAGGCUUCUGUUUACAGCGGCGCCAGUGCCAUCACUGGAUACUUUGUUGAGAAAUCCAAGAAAGGCUCUAAUACCUGGAGCAAAGUCAGCGAAAGUUCAGUCAACCACUGCUAUCUUAAGGUCAAGGGUCUAGAGACAGGCGAAUCUUAUGUGUUCCGUGUGCAGGCAGAGAAUGCCCAGGGCAUUGGUGUUGCUUCAACCCCCUCUGACCCUGUGUGCAUCAAGGCACUGCCAGGCACCCAGGAAAUCAAAUGUGGCGUCGAUGAGGAAUCAGGUGACAUUUAUCUCUCUUUUGAGAGCUGCCAAAUGAUGGAGAAAUCAAAGUUUGCGUGGAAGAAGUCCUACCAAGAAAUUACAGACUUCUCUAAGGGAAUCGUUGUCAAGACAUCAGGCAGCCACUCAACUUUGCUUUUUAAGAACCCAGACAAAGAGGAUUUGGGCACAUACUCUGUGUCUGUUACACAUACUGAUGGUGCCUCCGCCAGCUACAAGAUCUUAGCAGAAGAGCUGGAGAAGAUGCUGGCCCUCAGCUAUGACAUACGCAACCCAAUUAUUCCUCUGAAGACUGAACUGGCCUAUAAGAUUCUAGAGAGAGGCCGUAUGCGCUUUUGGCUGCAAGCUGAGGGCAUCUCCUCUGCUGUGACCUACAAAUUCUUUGCCAAUAACAAGGAGCUUGUCAACUGUGAGCAAACUAAAAUGAGUCACGAUGCAGCUACGGGCAUUAUUGAGAUGGUGAUGGAUCAUUUCACUGACGACAGCGAGGGCACUUUCACCGUGCAGAUCCAAGAUGGCAGAGCCAAGGCCCAGUCCUCUCUGGUGCUGAUCGGAGACGCCUUCAAGGCAGCGCUGGCUGAGGCGGAAUAUCAAAGGAGGGAGUACAUUCGUGUGAAAGAGGGCCCUCACUUUAUGGAGUUCCUGUCCACUCAAAUUGGGGAUAAUGCCUCUGUCACUCUUGUUUGCAAGGUGGCUAAUUUGAAGAAGGACUCUGUGUUCCAGUGGUAUAAGGACGAUGUAGAGGUGAUUCCUGAGGUGCCUGCCGACUUGAGCUCAGGAGUCUGCAAGUUCCCCCUUACUAAUUUUUCCAAGAAGGAUGUGGGACUAUAUAAAGCAACCAUCACUGAUGACAGAGGCCAAGAUGUGUCACAGAUUGAUGUUUCUGGCAAAGCUUUUGAUGACAUCAUUAACGAGCUCAGUCAUAUCUCUGGAUCCAGCGCCUCUGAGUUGUCGAUUCAGUGCACUGCGGAGGGCAUUAUGCUUCAGUGCCAUAUGAAAUAUUACACCGAGGAGAUGAAGAUCCAUUGGAAACAAAAGGAUUCUAAAAUCAGUGCAUCAGAAAGGAUGAGAAUUGGUGGCAACCCAGCAAUGGCAACUUUGGAGAUAGUCGAAACGACUGAUAAGGAUAAAGGAAUGUACACUAUUGAGAUUGUGGAUCCCGAGAAGACGCAUUCUCGUACCCUUGACCUCUCCGGAGAACUAUACAACAAUGCCUACGCAGAAUUCCAGAGACUCAAAGUGGAAGCAUAUGCUGAAAAGAAUCGUGGCAAAGUGGUUGGUGGUCUUCCUGAUGUUGUAACUAUCAUGGAAAAGAAGACUCUGAGUCUGACCUGCACAGUCUGCGGUGACCCCAAACCUCUGGUCAGCUGGUCUAAGAACGAUCAAGAAUUAGAACUCAGUGAUCAGUACGUCAUUGCCAUGGACUCGGGCAAGUUCGCCAGCCUCACCAUCAAAGGCGUUUCCCUGGAGGACUCCGGCAAGUACACCAUGACGGUCCUAAACAAGUACGGCGGCGAGUCGGUGGACAUCAUUGUCAGCGUGUACAAACACGGCGACAAGAUUCCAGACAUCAAACCCACACCCUCACCCAAGAGGAUCAUGCCUCCCACAGUUCCCAUCGUAAUUCCCACUGCCAAGGCUGCCACCCCUGCCCCUGCUGCGGCCAAGUCUCCGGCUCCUCCCCAAAAUGCCAAAUCCUCUGCAGCACCCCGCGGCAUGAAAUCCCCCACUCCCACCAGGAAGAAGUAACAGCACACCUCUUUCCUCUCGCUCACCCCAACAACACAAAAACGCCUAGAUUUACAUUUCUGGUAGGAAAUAUCAGUGUUUGCAAGGCAGCAAAGGAAGUUUAGGUUAAGGUUUUAAUUUUGAUUUGGUGUAAACAAAAUUACGUUUUGCCACCAUCAUGACACAGCACAUCAUGUUUUCCCCCGCCUGUAAACAGGAAUCAGCAUAGUUCAUUAUAUGGCUAUAAAAGAGUAAAGAUGAUUUUUCUGAUGUUAAAAUUAUUUCUGACAUUAGCUGCAUCCAAAAUCACAUACUGCACAGUAUGCAUGCGCAUACUACAUUUGUUUGAAACUUACUUCACAACCAUUAAAAAAGUAUGUUCUGUAUAUCAUGAACAUGGGUAGUGUGAAUCAAAUUCACACUUGUUCUUACUGUCACUUGACCUACCAGCAUCAAUGUCAUUGCUUCACUGCCAUUCAAAACUUGUCUUCUACGGCUUCAUGGGAUAGUUGAGAGUCCAUCCAAUGUGCACUCUCGAUUCUUGGUAGAUAAAGUAGGUAAUCUGAGUACUUUUUGCUUGCUGUUUUUCAAAUACGAUGAAUUUGGACCUACUACUCUUUUGGUGUACUGGUUUUCGCAUACUAUGGAAGAAGUAGUAUUCCACAAGAACAGAAGUAGGCAUAUUCCGAUUCAGUGUUUGACUCUGUUGUUUGAGCAUUAAGACCAGCUCGACACAUCAACUUUUGCACAACCAAUGUUGUGAGUUUAGGGUGGGGUUAUUCAUCUGUGCUGGAGUGCUUGAAACCUGGUUGAAAACUAUUCCAUUUGGUGACACUAAUGAUGGAGAAUUUACACACUUUAACUGAAGACAAGACCAGUUGCAAUCUAGUAUGCAAAAAUAAGUAAAUAAAUAAAAAUAAACUGAAAUGACUUAAAAUGAUCUAAAAAAGAAAAAAAUUCUGUACCUGUACGAAAAGUGGUUUGGGCCGAACAAAUUAUAGAACUACUUAAGUUUGAGGUUUAGACACUGAAUUCCUAAAACAUUAGGAAUUCAGUGAUAUGAAAUUUCUGCCUGAUACCAAUAUGCUGAUAACUAUUUUGAUGUUACGACCAAUAACCAAUAAAUAAUUCAUAGUAAAAUUGUAUUUUGUGCAAUAAAUAAACACUGAAAUAAAAUCAACAAGUAAAUGUAGGCAUCAUCUUCAUAUUAUAAAUUAAACUAGGAAAGACUAAAUUAUUAAUGCUAUUGAAAAUUUACGUUAAGUGAGCAUUAGACGAUGGCAAAUUUAAACUAAACAUAAACAUUUGUCAGAAGUGAACAUGCACAAAUAAUAUCCAAUAUUGAUCAAGGCCAAAAAAAGUAAAAACCUAUAAUAUCAACAAAUAUGUUGUGCAUCGCUCAAACUCUGACCAGAAUAAUUGAGGAAUAUCAAUAUUAUGCUGCCUUGCAAACACUGUGAUUGAACUGUAGUGCAUAAAUCAGUGAAUAAAGAGAGUAGAAUUGUAAAGUAGGUAGUAUUUUUCACCCAAAAUGCAUCAUCGUAUCAUAAAAUGAGCAAGCAUCUAGUAUGAAAAGAAAAAGAGUAGGAAGUACGUGUGAGGGAGGGUGGGGCAAGUUAUAUUUAGUGCCACGAAAAAAAUGUGUGAAACAGUUUGUCAUCUGGGUUGCCUAAGCUGAGUGGGCCUCUAAUGAAUUUGGCUCCUUCUCCCCUGAGGUGCUUGGGAGGAAAGCUUUGAUGUUAGUUUAUUAAAUCUCUGUUUAAAAGCUGCUCUUUCAGUUAGCCACUGGAAUCCGGAGGCUUUUUUGCUUUCUCCGGUGGAUGGAUGGCCUGAGAGUGCAGGACCUCCACUUAGCCCCCAGCUACAGCCACGAUACCAUCAGUGCUCCUCUCAACCUCGUCUCACGUGCUCGCCCUUUUCUCCUGGUUUUGUGUUAAUAAAAGAGUUGGAAAUCA